AUGUCUCCUCGCUGGACAUGGUCCUUGAGCUCCUGAAAGACGCUUUCAACUGCAUCAGCCAUUGCCCUCCCGGUGCGCUCUACAGCCAGCUCUGCCAGCUCCUGGCUCUGGCCACGGGCAACCAGGACCCCCUCUCCACCGCGUACCUGCUCUCCGAGUCGGUCUCUGUCACCACUCGCCAUCAGCUGCUCAGCGUCAUCCACAGGAAGAUCCACAAAGCAAAGAAGUCAGCAGGGGAGGUGACCGAGCAGCUCCGUGGGCUCUCCUUGCAGGAUGGGAGCGCUGCCCAGCGCAGCCACCACCUCGCCGAGCUCGAGAAGCUCUUCAUGUUCAGCUCCGCAGGGCUGGGGUCUGGGGAGCGGGACAGCUUCCAGACACAGCUGCAGCAGAUGCCCAGCGGGGUGACUGUGUGCAUGUUGACCCUCGCCAGCAUCCAACCUGGCUCCAUAGGGGACACGCUGCUGCUGACGCGGUUGGAGAAGGGCACGGAUCCCGUCACCAUCCGGAUACCCACCGCGCUCACCAAGGCCCCGCUGGGUUCGGUGCUGAACGACUUCAACACCAUCCAGAAGGAGCAGAAGGAAGCCAACAGCUGCACGAGCAAGCAGGACUGGUGGCUGCACCGCUCCGAGCUGGAUCGCAGGAUGAAGAGCCUCAUCGAGACCUUGGAGACGCAGGUGCUGGGCUGCUGGAGGGGUGCCCUGAUCCCCACCGGCCCGGAGCCCGGUCUGGCCGAGGAAGCCGCCCACUUGCACCCCGAACUCUGCCGGUGUGGCUGGAGGGACUCGGAUCGCACCCUGCUCAAGGUGGUGCUGAACGCUGCUCCCCUCCUCACCCCCCGCGAUGUCCAAGCCUUGGCCUUCGGCCUCUGCCCAGCGCAGCCCCGCAAGGCUCAGCUCCUCUUGCAGGAGGCGGUGGAGAAGCGGAAAGCCUGCGCCAAGCAGACCGGUGGUUCCCUCGUCCUUAUUCUAGAUAAGCACUUGCAGAAGCUGCCCUGGGAGAGCAUGGAGUGCCUGAAGGCUGUACCCGUAACCAGGCUCCCUUCCCUGCGCUUCCUGCUCAGUUACUCCCUGGCACAGGAG